AUGGGUGCGACGCGGCGAACCUCCAACGUCGGAGCCCCCGCGGAUGAUGCCCGCGGGGGAGGGCGAGCGGUCGAGCGGAACGACCGCGCGAACGUCGCGGCUACGACGACCGACGAACGACGCGAAUCUGUGCACCCCGACGACGGCGACGACCUCGGGCGCUCGAGCGCGGACGCGAACGCCGCCGGUGUCUCCGAAACGCAUCGCGGUCGCGGUGUCGUGUACGCUGAGCUGCGAAGGGUGUCCAGGGACGCGCCCACGACCAAGACGCUGCCGGACAAGAUCGACCUGCCCUCGCCCGAGCGCGUCGGCGACGUGUUGACCUUGGGGAGACAAAGGGUCAACGACGUGCAGCUCGACUGCCCUAGAGUCCCGAGCUUGCUGUCGCGAAACCACGCGGAGAUCACCGUCGACGCGAACGGGACGCACUUCGUCACGGACAAGGACACGCUGAACGGGACUUAUUUGAACGGCAAUCUCAUCCCGCGCGGGCCGUGUCCGCUCAAGCCCGGAGACAUCAUCGCGUUCGGAGGCCCGGCGAACGUUCUACGAGCGAAUCAGACGCUGCGGAACUCGUUCCGGUACGAAUAUAGGAGACCGCUCGCGUUAGAGGCGUGGAGGGAGGCGUGCACGGCGCGGGAGAGGGAGAGCGUCGGCGAAGACGGCGCCCGCGACGCGGCCGCGACGGCGACGGCGACCGAACCGACGCCAGGCGUCGACGACGAAGAGCGUCGACGUCCGACGAAGCGCACGUCGUUUCGGUCGGGCGACGCCGUGAGCGGGGAUGCAGGAGGCGGAGGGGCGAGUGUCGCGCGCGCAGGCGAGAACGCGGCCGCGACCACGCGGCCGCACUCGCAGUCCACGCAGUCCACGCAACCGACGCAAUCCACGCAACCCACGCAGCCGACGCAAUCCACGCAACCCACGCAGCCGACGCAGCCGACACGCGCUCCCGUCCCCGAGCCUGAAGCGGUAGCGAAGGAGAUUCUCGUCGACGACGGCAUCGCUCCGGACGGGUAUCGCAGUCCAGGAAAGGCCUGCGUGAAGCUUUCGAAGCGCGAUCUGGUCUCCAUGAGACGAGCGGCGACGAAGCUCUCCACGCGGUCGCCAGAUUUUCUACGCGACGCGCUGAGCGAGACGGGCGUUUCCCUCGCCGAGAGCGUCGUGCCUCUGAACCCGGAGGACGGAUCGCUGAUGAUGGAUAUCAUCGCGGAUGCGUCCAGAUCCGAUCGCGAGCGAUUAUUCGCGAACGUUCGCGACGUCGUAGACGCGGAAACGUCGGGAUCACAGGGAAUUAACGAGGUUUCCAUGACGCAAGCGGCGACGCAGGAGUACGUCGCGCCGUCCGAGCUCACGGCGGCCACGUCCGCUGCCGUGGCGCGAAUGGUCACGCAGACGUGUCACGAAGCGCUUGAACUUCACACUUCCGCGUCCGGGCUCGUGUCUUUCGGUCUUAAGCUCCUCAACGCAACCUCGGUCUGGGAUUCGGAGACGUACAAUCACAUGGAAAAGACCGCAGCCGCGGGUGGGUUCAAACGCGGCGACCUCGUUGCGGAGUCAAUCGCGCUCGCGUUGUACCCGAAGGAACAGAUGGGUUGGGAGAGAACGAAAAAAGAAGAUGGAGACGAUACGCCGAGCGAUAAUCGCGUUUUCGCCGCGUCAGUGGGGGAGAUAGACGGUCACGGAAGCGACAUCGGCGCGGCGGGGUGCGAGGCGAUCGCGGAGGCUGCGUUGACGCCUCGACGCAGCUCGGACGGUCGAUGGAUUUUCAACGAGUGCUUGCGCAGCUUGACGCUCGGUAAAAACCCGCGCGUAGGGGACGCUGGUUGCUCCGCGGUCGCGAAAGCACUAGCCCCGCGACCAGUGCGUUCUUCGUUCAUGUUCAACACGACGCUGACUGUGCUCGAUCUGUCCAGCUGUGGCAUAGGCUCCGCGGGCGCGGACGCUCUCGUCGACGCGUUGAAGAUGGUGCCAGUCGAGGAUGACUGGAUUUUUCCUUCUAACAUACGGGCGUUGAAACUGUCGGGAAAUCAAAUAGGAGCCAAAGGCGCGAAAGGCAUCGCGAGUCUUCUCGGGCCGAAGAACAAUAUGAAAAGCGGAUCGUGGAGCUUCAACCCUUCGCUCGCGUUGAUCGAUCUCUCGGACAAUCCCGGGCUCGACGACUCUGUGGCGGAGGCUUUCGUUCAGGCGUUGAAGCCUCGAAAGCAAAAAUCGCAAAAACGCGAGCGGGGCGACGCGAUCGCGAAGCCGAGUUUUGCGAUCAACCUCACGCUCUCAAAGCUCCGACUUUGCGGCCACGCGUUCCACGACGGCGUCAAGAAGAUUACGGACUCGCUCGACGCGAAGAACAAUGGCUCGGACGGUGCCGCGAAAGCGUCCACGACUGUUGUGUUCGAGCAUCAAGGCUCGAGUUCAAACGCAGCCAACGUGGUGGUGGAUAGUGAAGGCGACACGUACGAGAUCGUCUUCCCCGUCGUUACCGGAUCUGCAGCCGAGCGCCGCGAUUUGUCCCUGUGGCACUGGCGAACGUGGAUCACGCCGAAAAACGCGAGCAAAGAUGAUCCGACAGUGCCGUCGAAGGGUGCACCCGCGAUGAUGGAUGUCCCAGGUUGGGUCAAGGACAUGUCAGAAGAUCAUCACAUAACCGGUUCCACGGUUCCUUGGAGCGUCGGCUUCGCUUUUCGAAACAUGCUGCUCCAUCGUUUCGACGGCGGCGACUUCCUUCUCGCAGAAGACCCGAGCGCGGUGUCCGCGGGUCUGCCGCAGUGGCUAGACGACGAAUUGAGAUGCGUCAUUUGCACGGACAUGUACGUGAACCCGCACGCCUUGAACGGCUGCGGGCACUUGUUCUGUCAUGAGUGCGUCUCUACGUGGUUAAAGAAAAACAAUCAGUGCCCGAUAUGCCGUCAUAAGCUUCUAGUGCCGACCUCGAAGGCGCUCACGCCGUGUCACAUGACGCAGGGACUGCUCGAUCGAUACGUCUUGCCGUAUCUCCCGGCGAAGGAUGUCGCGGCGCUGAGGGAUCGCGCGAGGGAGCUGAGGGACAACGCCGCGGAGCGCUCUGCGGCCGAGGCCAGACAAGCGAACACGAGCGGCGGCGGUAGAUCGAAUACUGCGAACGCGGCGGCGGCGGCGGCUGCCGCGACGUUCGCCACCAUGAUCACCGGCGGGAGUGGUGGUGGUUCCAUCAUCAGGCUAGGAGGCGCGCCGCCAAAUUUCCAGGCGUUUCAGCAGAUGUUCAACUUGCACGCUCAGGCGACCGCGGCGGCGAGGCAAGGGAGGCAAUCUGGUGGAGGCGCGAGUGCAAAUCGUCGAUCGUCGCAGCCUGAAGACUCCUCGCCGAUUCAGCUGGACAUUUCGCCUAUGAACGAAGUGUCGGACACCGUGCAGUCGGUAACAGGUGUCCUUCGAAAUCUCAUGGAGAGCAGGGCGCUCUUCGCUCGCGUUAUGGCUGCCGGUGCUUCGAUGGCGGAGAACACGCCGGGCGAUCCUACCAAUGCGUCCGGUGCACCGACACGGCGCGUGGAGUGGAACGCGGUGAGCUCUAGCAUCGACCGGGAGACGCUGUGCGCUCGUUGCAACGUCGCAAUUCCGCCGCGUUUCUUACGCCUUCGACGCACGGAAACCCAGAUUCCGAGAGGAGGGUCCCCAACGAUGUCACGGGUGUUUUAUCACGCGAACUUCGAUUGCAUCCGCGGGAUGCACGACGAAAUCCGCGCGGCAGAUAACAUCGACGGUUUGAGCGAGCUUUCCGAUCAGGAGAGGAGAGUCAUCACAGCGCUGCGUUCGGUCAUCGCGGAUCCCUCCGCGCCACUCUGCGGUCCAACCGCCUCUUGA